AUGGCAAUCAAUCCUUUCCUCAACAAAGAUGAGAUGGCUUCUCGCCGUUCUUCCCACAUCCCUCCCUUGUCGUCUUCCGCCCCAGAGUUUACACAAAGCAGUGUCUGGCUGUCAUCCCAGAGCCGGGUCACUGAAAAGAAACUCCAUUCAAAGAAGCGCAAGACCCAAGACGACCCUGCUAUUGGUAGUGCCGCCUUCAGAGCUCGCCGCCUGGCUGAGAUCCCUCGCCGUGUUCAGCGGAUCGAAGAAGCGGAUGCUUGGUCUCGGGAUGAAGUUCCCAGAACGCCUGGCCUAUACCAGCUGCCAGACUGGGAUCAGUGCUCAAACAUAGCCCAGGUGUCCUCACCUGGUCUGGAGCCAGAAUAUGAGCUCUGUCAGACGGCUCCGCUCGAGCCAUAUGGUGCCUCACUUGAGGCGGCCAUUGAUAACUGGCGAGGCAGCCGGCAACCGUCCCAUCUCGAUCAUGACGGAGGCUUUGCUUACGCGGGGUCCUGGUGCUACACAGCACCCGUGGAACCUCGUCACCUGGAACUAGAGUGGCGCAACCCUGAGCGGGUCGUCCUCGCAGACGACUGGUGCCCUGAGACACCCAGGGAUACUCGACUCUCCACGCCAGAUCUGCCUCCACUUUCGACAGACUUUGAGUUUUGUCCAUGCCAUGGCUCAGGCGAGCAUGAGCAAGAUAGGAUAAACCAAGAAUUCUACUUGGCGACAAGAUCCAAGAUGGACGUGCAGAUGAUAAAUGCGCUGGCGCACAUCGCACAGGACCAACAGUAUCCGGAAGUGCGUUCCGACAAGUCUCGCGAGAGAUGA